AUGAAGGGACAGAAAAUGCCAUCUCUUCUCAUCUAUAUGUUUCACAUAGGUGCUACAUUUUGGGGUUUUACAGAACAGGAAACCAUAGCUGGGCUGUUUUCCAAGGGUUGCAUCCUUCCUUGUCUUUUCUCACCUGGGGAUGAUAAAGUAGUUCACUGGAAGAAAGGGGACAGAAACGUGCAUGUUUACUACUACCAGCAUGAUCGGCUGGAUAGAAAGGACCUGGAUUACAGACACAGAACAGAGCUUUUCUACAAGAACAUUUAUAGAGGAAAUGCCCCCUUGAAGCUUAUUAACUUGACCUGGACUGAUGAAGGCCCUUAUAAUUGCUCUGUGGGAACACAGCAAUAUAAAACAGAAGUGGAAGUCAUGCUACAUGUAAGAGUUUCCUCUUAUUAUGUGCUGGAAUACCAAAAGACAGACACAGAAAGGAUGCUGAAGUGUUACGUUCUCACUUACCCAGCACCACAUAUAACUUGGAUUCAAGGCAAUACAUCCACCCAAGAAACAGAUCAGGAGAUAUCCAGGAAUGGAGUUCUCUAUUCUGUCAGAAGUGAACAGAAGAUUAAAAACACAACUGAUCCUUACUACUGUCAUAUUGAUCUCCAUCAUGAAGCAUGGUUUGCUGAAUGCAAGAUGCAAGACCAAUUGUCUAACAUGGAAGGAAGUAGCACUGCAAUUCCUUGUGACUAAAGCAGUAACACUGCAAUCACUUAAGUUUUCUGUGUUGUGUGGACAUUAACCAAAAAUGCAGUGACCUCAGAGUCCUUCACUGGUACAUCUCACACUUACCAGCCUCAAGUCCAGAUAAAUGAAAGCAGCUUUUCACUGAUGAUGUGGGAUCUUACUGCAAACGACAGUGGAGAAUAUCUGUGUGAUAUUACAACACCUCACUACACAAAACUUACUGUGAGAACUUUGCAAGUUGCUUGUUGUGGAAAAUGUCUCAAGAUUGGUGGCUGCCCUCAAUUGCUACUGACAGCCCUCAGAGCUGUGGGGACAGAGAAAAAUCUCAAAUCAUGUCCUAAAUGCUCUGCUAAUAGCAUUUAA